AUGUCAGAAUCUCAUACUAACUCUCAGGGCAACAUGGAAGUAGCCAACUGUCACGCGCGUGUUCAAACCGACUUAUCCCAUCCCCGGCACUCUAUGUUUUAUCCAGCUCAUUCUUCGCCAUUUAUGCCUCUGGCUGAACAACGGGAGCUGUCGUUGAAUCAGAGGACGGAGUUUACUCAUAUGGUGCCAAUUGGCGAGGGCUUCAUGGCUGGUCCUGACCUGGUUGUCUAUCUGACGAAAAUGCCGACGGACCGGUAUACCUUCGCUACUUCAGCUGAGUUUGCUAGAGGAAGGAACACCGGGAGUAUAUUCUCCCUACGAGCUGAUUCGUUUGGCCGGUUUCGUGAUACUAGCUGUGCCAUGACUGCAUUGGUGGACAUGGCUGUGGUCUCGGGACUGGCAUUUACUAAUGAUCUUAGAAUGGAAGGUCCGUGGUCCAUAAGCCUGUCUCGAGAAACGUGGUGUCGGUCUCUAGACCCGAUAGCUAUGCCUGUGGCUAGGCCUAAGCUCGCAAGUCUAGAGAAGUCUUAUGAGCUACCAGAUUGGUACUCGCAUUCCAUUAUUCGGCUCUGGAUAGGUGAGAGACCGGCAAUGAUAGCAUCAACAACUUUGAGUCGAAGUGUUUUUGACUUAAUGGCCUCAGAUAGUUGUGUGUAUAGUGACCGGCAGUCAUUUGAUUUGAAGAAAGUAAAUGGUGGUUACAAAUCGAACAUGGUCGACUUCCGCUGCAACUCCUCAUUUAGUGUGGAACAUGACUGGGGUAGAAUUAAUCUGUUAACCAUCUCGCUAGAAUUAGGGAGAAUGUUAAUAAGCUGGAGAACCAGAGAGAUGAAUCGGAACGCAAUCAGUUCGUACUUAGGAAAGCAAGGUCUUUCUGGUACUACCAACCCUGGCUAA